GGCGUUGUUAGGAGGCAGGCGGUCCCUGUGCAGGUUUAAAUGCUCGCGCGAACUGAACUCAGUGUGUUUAGAGUAAAGAGAAGAUCAGACCCGGGGAUUUACUAAUAAAUCCAUAAUAAAGCUGCUGCUACUGUGUAAGAAGAAAAGAUGUCCGCUGAGAGGCCUCUCCAGGAGCUGCCGUGCCUAAGUGAGAAUCUCGAUGGAUCCCUGCUGUGCAUGUCGCAGUCAAAAGCAAAGAAAAGACCAUGUGUGUAUGGAGAGGGACUGCAAUCUGAAAACACUCCUCACGAGCUCAUCCAGCACUGGUCUCCUCCUCGCAAACAGCCGCGACCCUGCGCCAAGGGCAAAGAGAACGGCUUUGUGCUCGCCAGACGCCCCAGGAGGAGCAGAGACGCAGCAGGUGUGUUGUGUUGGGACACGCUCCCAGACGAGCUGCUGUUGGGGAUUUUCUCUCGUCUCUCACUACAAGACCUUCUUAGAACAUCUCGCGUCUGCAAACGCUGGCAUCGACUGGCGUUUGAUGAGUCACUCUGGCACAGCGCUGACUUGGUAGGAAAAGCACAGCUGAAUGGUGAGCUGGGGCAGGUGCUCACAGCAGGAGUAUCGAGGCUGCGCUGUCCACACUCCUGCAUCGGCGACCCCUGCUUUAAGAACACACAACCCCUGCGUAUCCAGCAUUUGGACCUGUCCAGCUGCACCGUGGAGACGUCUGUACUGGAGGACAUUCUGUCACGUUGCAGACGGCUGCAGAAUCUCAGCGUGGAGGGUCUUGUGCUCUCCGAUCCCAUCCUCCAAUCUUUGAGCAAGAACACAGAGCUGGUGAGGCUCAACCUGUGUGGCUGCACUGGUUUCUCAGCUGACUCUCUGACUGAGAUGCUUCAAUCCUGCAACAAGGUUGAGGAGCUGAACGUGUCAUGGUGUAACUUCAGCAGCGAACACGUUCAGGCUGUCGUUAACAGCGUCCCCUCCACAAUCACGCAGCUCAACAUCAGCGGCUACAGACAAAACCUCACCAUGGAGGAUGUAAAGGCUCUGGUGGAAAGAUGUCCAAACCUCACGCAUUUGGACUUAAGUGACAGCGUUCUUGUGACCGUAGACAGCUUCCCCUUCUUGCAGCAACUCUCCUCACUGAGCCAUUUAGCGCUGAGCCGCUGCUACCAGAUUCACCCAGCAGCCCUCAUAGAAUUUGAGAAGUAUGAGACUCUGCAGAACCUGGAGGUAUUUGGUCUGAUACAGGACAACUCGCUGCCCAUCCUGAGUAAAGGGUUGCCACGGAUACAGAUCAACACUCAGCCGUUCUCGACAGUGGCUCGUCCCACUGCGGCCGCACGGAAAGACCGCACGCUGUGGGGAAUGCACUGUCGACUUGUGUAUAAACCUUAACCGGGGUGACUUUUUUUUUUUAAAUAGGAUGUUUUUAAAUAAGAAAUAGUUUUAAGUGAUAACCUUGUGAAGUCACCGCUGUCAUGGCAAUAUCAAAUAGCAUGUUGUUGAAACCUUCCUCGUAUUGAUUGUGUACAGAUUGUACAUGUGUAUCAUCACUUUUGCACAUUCAACUGAUUUCCAGCUCGUCGCUGUGAGGAUAGAAACCGGUUUAUCACAUGCUUUUUUUUGUUACCACUAGUGAUAAGUGCAGCUUCAGCAGGGUAAAGGACCUCCACUGCCGUGUUGUGUUUCCAAGUGACCUUUCCAAGUGUGUGGUUUUUUUCUAAAAAAAAAAAGCAAAUAUUGAACUUUGACAAUUUUAGACCUUUUCAAACCAUCAACCUAACUGUGACUUCUAGGUGCUUUAACAUGUUCUUAUAAUGUUUUAUGUUAGUUUUAGACUAGAUGUGUUUAUCAUGUUUGUUUGUUCCAGAUCCUCAUUUGAAUAAAGUAGAGAACGACAGGGAUGCACCCGUACGAUACAGAAAUCAGAAUUAUGAUUACUGAUCCAGACUAAAAAGAAUCGCUGUGCUGAGUGGCACUGUAGUCUAUACUGGUUAUAUCCCAUAAUUACAAGUUUGGUGGUUCAAACCCUGACCAUGCUGUGUCCUUUUCAAAAAUCUGUUCCCGUCAUUUUAUCAGGCAAUAAUGUUUAUACCAUAGAGCUGUUAUUCACAGUUCUGAUUGGUGAGGUGUUUUUUUUUUUUUUUAAUAAAAGACAGGAGUGCUGGCUGUAACUUGAAUGUGAUCGAAUUGCACAAAUUUCUGCGAAAUAAAAUGGAAAAAAAGCUGCUAGAACGAACUUGUUUUGCAGACAUUUAUAAUUGAAAAAAAAAAUCGAUGAUCAAGGGAUAAAAUGUGACACUUCUUUUUAUUUUGGGGGGGGUGUACAUAUUUCUAAAAUGCUGUGGUACAAGUGGAAUGGAUUUUUUGUGGUUUUGUUUUUAGAAAAUAAACUAAAGUACAGCAGCUACUGAUUAUUCUCCUGUGUAUGUGAUCACUUAUAAAAUGAACAAUUCUGAUCAUAACCCAGUUCAAAAUUGCAUUUUUACAUUUUAUUAUGUACAGUGGAUUAGAGGGGGAACUAUGUCCAAAGUUUCAAUCUUGAUCUGUAUCGGAUUUGUGCAUCCCUGUUUCAUGUUAUAUACACUGAAUAUAGUUUUUUGUUUUAUGCAUGCAAGAGUGUCUACUACAAAUACGUACUGUUCCGUUCACAUGAACCAACUGGAUAAGAAAAAGAAAGGUUACCAAUUAGGGGGCUAUUACGUAGCCAUGCUGACAAUCACAGGUCUGGUCCCUGAUCCUCAGCGCAUGUCUUGACUAAUCUGAAACACUGCUGUUACAACAAAGAGAAAUUAUAUGUUAAUACUAUUGAUUAGGUAUGUUCUUUUUACCCCUUAAAGUUGUUCAUUCAGGAAACCAGUUGACAUACACAGACAUUCCACUGUCUUAAUGAAAUAUUCAUUGUGAAUAGCUUCAAAAUAAGUCUCGAGUCUGCAAAGCACAUCUACCAAAUAUUUCCUGGUUUAUCUUUAAUCUGUUUAAAAAUUUGUAGCAGGUUUUUUUUUUGAGCAAUUCAUAAAUCAGAAGUUUUUGUGACCAAAAUUCCUGGUGUAUUGAAAUCCAUUGGUGUUUUCCACUAAUUAUGAACACAAGGAAACUUGAAUCAUUUCUCUAUUGAGAUAUUUAUGGAUAUUUACGUUUGUUUGGAUGUUCACCAAUUUUAAAUAAAUGUUUGGUGCUUUA